UUCAAAUCCCAUACACACAGAAGAAACUGCAUUAUAUAUGGAAGUUAUGAAAUUACUGUUUUUUUUUAAAUAAUCCAAUGAAUCAUUUUGUUGCAUACAUUGGAUUGGACUAGAAGGCAAUUGUUUAAAUCUAAGAUAAAUGAAUUUAUCCAAAGAAGAUACAUUUUAUCGUUAUCUAUAUACUAUACCUUCCUCCUUUAUCUUUCUUCGUCGCCAUUUUCAUCAUCAACAACAAGAACACAACAAAGCAAAGUAGAAUUUUACAAUGUACUUUUGAGUUCCUAAACCUUUGCCUUAUCUGUUUGAUAACCGUUCUGGGGUCAUGUCUAGAUAGGAUACCGUUUUUUACGUCAAAUGUGUUUUCGKUUUUUUGCAUUUUAGCUCACCCUAAUCCUUUUCCUAACCUUAACCUAAUUCUCCUAACCUGCUACGAAAAGUCAAUUUUGACAAAAGCUGUAUCCCUUCUAGUCAAAACAUUGGUCUGGUUCUCUGGGCUUGCUGUAAUGAAUAGAAAGUGGGAUCCUAUUAAAACAAUCAUCUGUGGGGAGGACCAUGCAUCGGUCCAGAAGUUACGUACGUUAAAAAUAAGCGAUUUUCCCAAACGCUACAUUUUAUAUUCAGCAGUAUAAAGUUGCAAGUGACAUUUAGUUUGUCCCUCCAGAAAUAUGAUGCAUGUUAUCCUAAAAAAGCUUGAAUGGUGCACACCUCACGUGCUCCCAGUGGUGCGGUCCUGCAAACCGAACGCUACAGUUCGAGGGCACUAUUUACAGUUCAAUCUCGCUGUCAAAGGUUGAGGGAGCAUGCAGUUUGUUUUCAGGUUAGCUUUAAACGAGGUACUUCAACGCGAGGUCUCCAACUGUCUGAGGUUAUAUAUAGCUACCAUUCUCCUCCUUGCACGGUUGUGCGAGUCACCGCAUCAUAUGGACAACCGCUGGUUCACGAGGUUUUAUGCUAGAGUGAACAAGCCAAGCCAGAAUCUUUCACCCCGCAGUGUCUACGGAUUCUCCAAGACGUCAAGCAGCAUUUCUACAYGUGAGCUAUCAGCGUUUCGUUGAAUUAAUUCAGCCUUUUACGCUGUGCUGUAGGCUACGUUUGCUUAAUUUGGUUUCGCUGAUUUAUUUAUUCUCGCAUCGAUAWUAAUGGACUGAAAGUUGCGGAUAAACAAUAACAACCUGCCGUGAUUUCUURUUURUAUAAAUGAUAGAGGAUACGAUGACACUGUUGUCUCUUUUGGGUCGGAUCAUGCGUUAUUUUCUGCUCAGACCAGAGACCUUGUUCCUCCUAUGCAUAAGCCUGGCUCUGUGGAGUUACUUCUUCCACACUGACGAGGUGAAGACCAUCGUSAAGUCCAGCCGGGAUGCUGUCAAAAUGGUCAAGGGGAAAGUGGCGGAGAUUAUGCAGAAUGAAAAAUUCGGGGGUCUAGAUGUUCUGGACGCAGAGUUCUCCAAAACCUGGGAGUUCAAGAGUAACAAUGUGGCGGUGUACUCCAUCCAAGGCCGGAGAGAUCACAUGGAAGACCGCUUCGAGGUCCUCACUGACAUCGUGAACAGGAGUCACCCGUCUAUAUUUGGGAUUUUCGAUGGCCAUGGGGGAGAGGCGGCGGCUGACUUUGCCAAGGCCCAUCUGUCGGAGGCGUUGCGUCAGCAGCUCCUGAGCUACGACCGGGAGAAGGAGAAGGAGAAGAAUGAGAGCAGUGGUGGUCUGUCCUAUUCCUCCAUUCUGGAGCAGCAGAUCCUGGCUCUGGACAGGGACAUGCUGGACAAGCUGUCAGCCGUCUACAACGAAGCAGGUACCACAUGUCUGGUGGCCCUGCUGUCUGAUAAAGAGUUGACGGUGGCGAACGUUGGCGACUCGCGCGGAGUGCUCUGUGACAAAGAUGGCAAUGCCAUCGCCCUGUCACAUGAUCACAAGCCCUACCAGCUCAAAGAACGCAAGAGGAUCAAGAAGGCUGGUGGCUUCAUCAGUUUCAACGGUUCGUGGCGUGUUCAGGGCAUCCUGGCAAUGUCUCGUUCGCUGGGCGACUACCCUCUGAAGAACCUGAAUGUAGUCAUCCCCAACCCCGACAUCAUGACCUUUGACCUAGAUAAGCUGCAGCCAGAGUUUAUGAUCCUGGCGUCGGACGGGCUGUGGGACGCGUUCAGCAACGAGGAGGCCGUACGCUUCAUCAAAGAGCGCCUCGACGAACCCCACUUUGGCGCCAAGAGCAUCGUCCUGCAGUCUUUCUACCGCGGGUGCCCGGACAACAUAACCGUCAUGGUGGUCAAGUUCAAAGGUGCCGGUGGCAAGGCCGCAGAGCAGUAGACCUACUGAUACAUCCAAAGGAGAGAUCUAUAUUAUAUAUGAAUAUAUGUAUGUGUAUGCAUAGGUUUAAAAGAAAAGAGGAAACAAGCCGGCAGGUUUUGGAGCGAGAACUGUUUGUAUUGAAGAUAUUUACAGAAAUGAGCCAUUYGCCACCACGAUGCCAAUACUAAAAUGUACACAUACAAAUUCACUCACACUCUCGAACAGUCACUUGUUUAGUUAUUUUCUUCAAUCCACAUAACGUAUCAUUAAUGUUUUUUAGUGGGUUUUUUAGCAGUCAUCCUCCAGGCCCUACACUGUGUCACUGUUACUGUUUUGCAGAAGAGGUACACCAAGAUAUCAACAUAAUUUGAAGUCGAGACCAAGUUGCAGUGAUUUGUACAUCUCUGAGAAAACCUUUAUCAGCAGAUGUCAUCUGAUUUGGUGCUUACAUGCAUCAGAGCACCUGUAACUGAACACCUGUUUGGUUAGCCGGAGGGGCAAAAUAGUUUCUGUUUAAAGACAGCUCAGACUAGACAAACRUAACUGUGUUCUCUUCUGUUUUGUCUGGCAUGGCCUAUUUGCUUGGGGGGGGCAGCAAUCAAACAGACAGUGACUGAUUGGAUUAAGAUGGCAUUAGGAGAUGCAUGCUCUGCAGUCCUAAACAACGGACUGUUGUUGCCUGCAUGAGUGUAUCAUGUCAAAUCACAUUCAGUUUGAUUCUUCACUGUCACCCCUUGAUUUCUAACGUUGAUCUGUCGUUCUAAACAUUGGCCAUCUUGUCUGUCGGCUCCAUAGACAUUUAAACCUGUCGGCUCCCUAGCUCCAUGUUGAUUUUUGACCUGCAGUUGAGUACCCCCAAAUGACUACACUGAGAAUUGCAACUGUAUUUUGAAGUUCUGUAGUUUAUUGGUACUAAAUAUAAUAGAUUUCUUUCCUCAUUCAUGCAGACUACUAAUGAUGUCAUCUAUGCCUGUCUGUCGACAACGAUCUGUGGUCGUCCCUCGGCCCAGAAUACAUUUCUUUAACUCUAAUCCCAUGUUAACCCUGAUCUAGGAAUGAGUGGCACUUUGACACUAGUUGCACAAAUGUUUGCACCAUGCUGUUAUUAUUGUUAUGCCAGUCUUUUUGAAUUAAUUAUCCAAAUAAAUUUUCACAUGCGUGGUGGCAUUGUACUGUUUGAAUA